AUGUCCAACAUUCCCAUCGCCGAUGACCUGGCCAAAGCCUUCAGAGAGGCAGACCAGUCGGUGCGCGCCAUCCUCGUGCAGAACGAUGGCGGCUUCCUCAAGCUGGUCCAGUCGGCUCCUCCCUCGAGCGCCGACGUGAGCGACAAGGACGACUUCAUCCCCAUCCUCUCCAAGCUGUUUGCCAACGAUCCUCAGCGCAGCGGCUAUGCGCUCUACCGUCUGGACAGCCAGUCGGCGGCGGGUGACUGGGAGUGGCUCUGCUGCUCGUACCAGCCGGAUGGUGCCAAGAUCAAGGAAAAGAUGCAGUACGCCAUCACGCGCUCGUCGCUCAUGGCCGGCCUCACCGAGCGCAACUUUCUCGAGACCAUCUUUGGCGCCAACCCCAGGGACUUUUUGUGGCCCACCAAGCUGCGCAACAGCCGCAAGCACGACUACCAGAACCCGCAGCUCAAGACCGCCGGUCUCGCCGCCUCGGACGCUGCGGGCACGGGUGUUGGAGGCGCGCGAAGGAACUUUGGCUCGGUCGGCAAGACCAACUCGCUUCGAACCACCGACGACGAUGCUUCGAGCUCGAGCAAACCUGCCAGUCUCGAGACCAACUCGGGCGUAGCGGGUGUCUCCAGCACGGCAUCUGCACCCGCCGCAGCCACCGAGGAGCGCCCAAAGCCGUUGCCCGAAUCGGAACUGCCCACUCUCUCGACACCUCCCGCGCCCAAGCGCUACAAUUCGCACGAGUUUACAUCCGCAUUCAAGAGCCCCUCCCCACCUGCAUCCGAGGAGCGUCACGACCAGGCCGCAUCGGAGCCCGUCCAGACCAGUGCCGAACCCGCUGCUUCUUCCUCCACCUCGGACAAUGCCAAGCAGUUCGCUUCCGAAACCAAGGCGCCCGAAGAGCCCAGCACGCCAGCGGUAGCAGCAGGCCGUUCCGACAGCCUCUCGCAGCCCACGGUUCCAUCUGGCUCGACGCUGGCGGCGGCUGCCGAAGUCACAUCCGCCACAGACUCGAAGCAGCCGGAGGCCAAGGUGUCGGCGGCCGAGCAGGAGCUGGCCGAGUUCAAAGCACCACAGGAGCCACCAACUCCCGCGACACAGACUGCAGGCUCGCUGUCGCAACCCACGCUUCCCACCUCCCUGGACCAGGCCAGUUUGAACGACUCGGCGCCCAAGGCCGCUGCGCAAGAGAAGAGCUCCAUCUCGGUCGGCUCGGGAACGGGCCCUUCGAGGGGUGGACUGACGGAGCGCGAAGAGGAGCUUGCCGAGCUGCGUCGGCUGCAGGCUACCGAGCGUGCUUCGGGCAACGGCAACGGCAGUGGCAGCGGCGGCAUGGGCGCGGCGGGUGGGCCGGCGCUGGGAUUCAAGUGGGGCGAUGGAGUGCAGGAGGCCAUCCAGGGGCUCGCUUCGACGGCGUCUGGCACGUCCGAAUGGAACCUGGUGGUGUUGGCCAUCGAUCUGCGCAGCGAGACGGUGGAGCUCGAGUCGCCGCCGCGAUUCGUGCCGGCAGCCGAUCUGCCCUCGGCGUUGAGCAGCAACGACCCGCGCAUCGCCUUCUACCGGCUGGACGAUGUGUCGAUGCGCACGUCCGGCGAGAGCGUAGUGGCGAUGCUCUACUGCUGUCCCGCGUCGAGCGGCGUCAAGGCGCGCAUGAUCUACUCGAGCAACGUGCUCAUCAUCCUCAACCACGUCAAGAGCUUCUCGGGUAUGCGCAUCGUCAAAAAGCUCGAAGCUUCGGACCGCGACGACCUCACGCACGCCUACGUCUCGAGCGAGAUCGAGGAAGUGCUCUCGCAGGAGAGGCACAAGUUUGCAGGCACGGGAUUUGACGGCGUGGCCGACCAGGCGCCCACCACGCUCACCAAGAGCGAACCGGCUGGCUUCUCGCGGCCUCGCAAGGCGGGUGCGUCGAGCCGAAACUGA